GAUAUGGACACUCGACGCAAGUGGAGAAGGUUUGGGCGCCGAACUUACGCCACCUUUACAGCCUUUAUAGCAAUAGCUUUAGGUCAAUGGAUGAUAGUCUCCUUGAUUGAAAGCAGUCGCAAGAUAUUUCGUGAAUUUGAUAUAUAUUGCUCGACCACCUUUGCUCUAGGUGGCAUACUGUUCACAAUGUUUGCUUUUAAUCAAAAUAUGCGCAAUCACAGGAUUUACAAAUGGAUUGUGACUUGUCUGAUAGUGCAACUGGAAAUAUUUUCGAUGUACGUGCUUGCUGCUCGAACUUGGAUCCCAGAUCUGGUGGCCUUCUACUUUAUCUGCUUGCUAAUAAUAAUCGUAGUCCUGGUCGUCGGAUGUCAUCUUACCUAUUCGAUGGAUUUGACUCUGUUCAUAGCUCCGCUUUUUAUCCUGAGCUUUAUUUUGGUCAUAGCCUCUGCGUAUUUUCUGUUGUCUCAUCUUUUUAUGCCAGACAUUAAGAACUAUGCCUAUCUUUUUUUCGAGAUUUUUCUAACCGCGGUUAUGUUAUCGAUGUGCAUGCUGCAUGCUCAAACCAUCAACGGAGAUCGGCAUGUUCAGAUGAGCUUGGACGACUUUAUCCUGGCCGCUUUAUUUCUGUAUCACGAAUUUCUGGUCAUAUACGCCCUGACUUUCUACUGGCAGAUAAACUAUAACUAUUUCACAUCCAAUGAUUUCUUUUGGAUGUCGACGAGUACCCGUGGAUCACAUGGAACAACCGUUGCACACCAGGAUUAUGAUGACUAUGAUGUGAAACCAGAUGAGGAGGAUUGGUCUGUUAGCAAUGAAACAAGCUAUGAAUGGGGGGACGAUCAAUGGGCAAUCCAAAAUAUUUGAAAGGAAUAG